ACAAGUUUCCCUCAAUAUUCUUUGUUUAGGCGGUACCAAAAUUCUCAAUUUUCUUCCUGCUUUUCUGGCUUCAUUGAUUCUUCAUUUUUUCUAUUAAAAAAGGCGUCGGUUUUUAGGCUUUUUUACUUCAUUUUUUUUAUCAGUCAUGGCGACGUUGGUACGAUCAGUUGCCCGUAGUUUGAGGAGAAAGAACUUGUCCUCAAUGUAUUGCCCCACCUCCACAUUGCACUCUCACGCCACCAGUUUUGGUUUUAAGGAAGUACCAGAAGAAGAAAAGAGCAAGAUGGUUGGGAAUGUCUUUACCAGUGUUGCUUCAAACUAUGAUCUCAUGAAUGAUCUAAUGAGUUGUGGACUGCAUCGUUUGUGGAAGGACAGAUUGGUUUCGAAGUUGAAUCCAUUUCCGGGAAUGAAGCAUCUUGAUGUGGCUGGUGGAACAGGGGAUGUUGCUUUCAGGAUCCUUGAAAAUAUUAAAAAUGUCAAACGCAGAGCUAUGCAAGAUGCUCUUGAUGAUGACCUGAUUGAAGAUACUAGAAUUUAUGUGUGUGACAUCAAUGCAAACAUGUUGGGAGUUGGUAAGAAGAGGGCCGAAGAGAGAGGUUUUGGACGGGAGAAGUCUCUCGUUUGGGUGGAGGGAGAUGCAGAAGCCUUGAGCUUCGAAGACAACUCAAUGGAUGGUUACACGAUUGCUUUUGGUAUCCGGAAUGUUACACACAUAGAGAAAGUUCUUGCAGAAGCAUAUAGGGUGCUUAAAAGGGGAGGAAGGUUUCUUUGCCUUGAACUAAGCCAUGUCGAUAUCCCAGUUUAUAAGAACUUGUAUGAUGCCUACUCAUUCUCGGUCAUCCCAGCAGUUGGUGAGCUAGUAACAGGUGACCGAGAGUCUUACCAGUACUUGGUUGAGAGCAUCCGCCGAUUCCCUCCACAGGAGGUGUUUGCCAAAAUGAUUGCGGAAGCUGGAUUUCAAAAGGUAGAAUACGAGAACCUUGUUGGUGGAGUUGUGGCAAUUCAUUCAGGGUUCAAGUUUUAGAGUCGUUCUCAAAUUUAACGUGGGACCGGUUUUGACCUUCAUGGUACCUGGAAGAUCUCACGAAAAAAUAGUUUAAGAUUCACGGUUUGAUAGGUCCUUAGCCAAAUAGAUGCAAAUGGACAAAGACGGAAUUCAGCGUAUUCUAAUAUGUUUCUGGGAAUGGAUAUGCUUUUGGGAGCAGCAUGGCCUUUCUGGUGAACUGUUUCAAAGAAUAUAGUAGCUUACAACAAUAUUACGUAAUUUAUAAGUUUGUGACUUCAUAGGAGUAAUUUUCUUCUGCUUGAAACUAGCUUCAUCAAGUAGAUCUGAAGCUCAGUUUGAAUAAGUUAGUUGGCUAUUAAAGUCAACAAUGCAUGGUGUUGUAGCUUGAUUAGUUAAACAUCAACACAAUUUGUAGUUUAAUUCACAAUGAAGAUUGAAGAAUAUACUAUGGAGUUGCUUCCUCGUAAACUAUAUUCUUACAACUUGUUUGGAUGCUUGUUACC